UCUUAUCCAAACAAACUACUAGGGUUUUACCCUUAAAAUCACAAACCCCUCAUCACUCUCAUUUCCAUCCAUCAAAACCUCUAAAAAUGUCAUCUCGCAUUCUCCUCCGCUCUCUAAUCACCACCGUCAACCAAACCCUAACUCACCGUCUUUCCACCACAUCUACCACCAUCCUCCGUCUCCGUCCACUCAUCGCCGCCGCUACAAAUUUCCGCCAUGCCUCACUCGUGGCCACUGGGACCCGAUCCUUUUCCACGCGGCAGACCAAAUCAUCACUCAAGGACUCGAACAAUACUGCUUGGUCAAAUAAGCCCCCAAAAGAAACAAUAUUGCUUGAUGGAUGUGAUUUUGAACACUGGCUUGUUGUUGUUGAGAAACCUGAAGGUGAACCUUCCAGAGAUGAGAUUAUUGAUUCUUAUAUCAAUACUCUAGCCAAAGUUGUUGGCACCUAUGAUGAAGCAAGGAUGAAAAUAUAUUCGGUCUCCACUAGAUGCUAUUAUGCUUUUGGAGCUCUUGUAUCUGAAGAAGACUCCUACAAGCUAAAAGAGUUACCGGGUGUUCGUUGGGUGCUGCCUGAUUCGUAUUUGGAUGUCAAGAACAAAGAUUAUGGAGGUGAACCGUUUAUUGAUGGGAAAGCUGUUCCAUAUGAGCCUAAGUACCAUGAGGAGUGGAUGAGAAACAAUGCUCGGGCAAACGAGAGGAAUAAACGAAAUGACAGGCCUCGCAACUUUGAUAGGUCAAGAAACUUUGAGAGGAGAAGAGAAAAUGUGCAGCAGAAGAAGCGUUUACCACCUGCUGGCUUGGUAGCAUCUGAUGGACUACGUUACUAUGGAGGUGAAGGUGAUGGCAUGGGAGGUCCACCCAAUACUGGUGUUGGUCAGCCUACUUGGUGUGCUCCUGGUUCGAGCUACGAUGGAGACAUAGGCGGUGCUGUGCCCCUGCCAAACAACAUGGGCGGUGGGAUGCCCCCAUCAAAUAUGGAUGGAGGGAUGCCUAAUAGUGCUCCCAAUUACCAACAGCCGCCAAACAUGGGAUUAGAGAUGCCCAAUAAUGCUCCCAACCAGCAGCAGCAGCAGCCAAGUUAUGCACAAAACUAUGGAAGUGCGCCUUAUCAGUCUGGACCGGGGCAAAGCAGUUUUGCACCAAAUGUAGGUGGUAGACUUCCUUGCGAACCUCAGGAUAUGCCAGGAAGAGACAUGCCAACUCCACCAAACUACUCACAGAACUAUCAGUGAGCGUAUAGUAGAUAUGAAAGGCCAGUUUUAUUCUAUUAUAAUUAUGUAGACCCCCUGACUUUCGACUAGUUCAUAAAAGUAUGGUUUUGUCGUUUAGUUCA